AUGGCGUUCGGAAAGCUCUACGGUCGUCCUGACAACACCCGCACCAUUGCGGUCCUCGUUGCUGCUAAGCACAACGACCUCGAGCUUGAGCUCGUUGAGACCCAGGCCAACCCCGCUGCUGAGUUCAACAAGUCUGAUGCCUACACUAAGAUUCAGCCCCUGGGCAAGAUUCCCGCCUUCGAGGGUGCCAACGGCUUCACCCUCUCUGAGGUUAUCGCCAUCGCUGUCUACGUGACCUCCCAGAACGAGAAGACCACUCUCCUCGGCAAGACCAAGCAGGACUACGCUUCCAUCCUCCGCUGGUUGUCUUUCGCCAACUCCGAGCUCCUUGCCAGCUUCGGCUCUUGGUUCCGCCCCCUCCUCGGUCUCGACCCCUACAACAAGAAGAACGUUGAGGAUGCUUCCAAGGCUGCCCUGAAGAAGCUUGCUGUCCUCAACACCCAUCUCACUGCCAACACCUACCUCGUCGGCGAGCGCAUCACCCUCGCUGAUCUCUUCACCGCUUCCCUCCUCACCCGCGCCUUCGCUACCGUCAUCGACAAGAAGGUUCGCUCUGACUACCCCGCCGUUACCCGGUGGUAUCAGACCAUUAUCGCUCAGCCCGCUUUCAAGGCUGUUGUUGAGAACCCUGUCCUCGUUGACGAGGCUGUUAAGUACACUCCCCCCAAGAAGGAGGAGAAGCCCAAGAAGGAUGCUGCUCCCGCCGCUGCUGCCCCCGCUGAGGAGGACAAGCCCGCUCCUAAGCCCAAGCAUCCCCUUGAGGCUCUUGGCAAGCCCACCCUCAUCCUUGACGACUGGAAGCGCACAUACUCCAACGAGGACACCCGUUCCGUUGCCAUGCCCUGGUUCUGGCAAAACUACAAGCCCGAGGAGUACUCCCUCUGGAAGGUCAACUACAAGUACGACAAUGAGCUCAAGCUCACCUUCAUGGCCAACAACCUGAUCGGUGGUUUCCACGCUCGUCUUGAGGCUUCUCGCAAGUACCUCUUCGGUUGCCAGGGUGUCUACGGCGCGAACUACGCCUGUGUCAACCGUGGUGUCUUCUUGGUCCGUGGCCAGGAGGCUCUCCCUGCUUUCGAUGUCGCCCCUGACUGCGAGAGCUACGACUUCGUCAAGCUCGACCACACCAACGAGGCUGACCGCAAGUACAUCGAGGACAUCUGGGCCUGGGACACCCCCGUUGUCGUUGACGGCAAGGAGCUCGCCAACGUUGACGGUCACGUCUUCAAAUAA